GAACUGCGGUGGCGGCGCCCGCGAGUGGAAUUCGCACGGUCGCCUCGCCGCGCCUCGCGACGCCGUCGCCCGUCAGUCAGUGUACUUGCGACCGCUCGCAUCCGAGGACGAAUCGCUGUUCCACGCGUACGCUACUUAUUACGCAGCUGCGAUAUUCGCCGACCGCGUGGGCUUCUGUCGAACUGCGAGCUCGGCUGAUCGGAAGGCUGUCCCAUCUUUUAGCUACGCUUGUUUACCCAGUGUUAUCGGAGUGUCAAACCCAGUGAUAGCUAUUAUCAAGUGUCAAAAAAGUUUUACCGGUCGCCGGACAAACUUUGAAACGCUACAUACUCAGUCCUUGGGAUUGUAGGUGUUAGUGAUAAUCAUAGACCAAUACGCUUUUUAGCCACGUUACAAGGUUAUCGCGCCUCGAGCCCGCCAGAGAUGAAUUGGAAAAUCGGCGCGUAGUCGCUCACGUGGUGUACGCCCCGCCCCCGCCUCGCUCCGCACUUAUAUUUAGCGAAAAUCGCCUCUAGGGAGCGGCCCGACGGCAGAUAGGCACACGCUCAUCUCUGUUUAUGAACGUUAGCAGGACGCCACAUGUUAUUGUCUUCGUGUAUCGAGGCGAUAAGAAGUUAGAUAACCUUUGCGGAUCGCGGGCAGGGUCUGUCCACGUUCUGGAAAUAUAAAGAAAUCACAAAACUAAUCGGUGAACAUGGAGCAGCAAUGAUAAUAAGCGUAGUAAACACACGCCGCUGAGCGCGGCGAGCGAUCUACCUACCAAAAAAUUCCACGGCUCGGCGACAACACGCAAUAGAAAUGUCUUUACCGAGAGGAGCUAGUUAUCCAAGUCCAUGGUCGUCGCAAACUGCGCUCUCUGAACUGGAGGGGGCCAUGGGAGAGUUGGAGUCCCUGGGUGAAUUGGCAGAUGUCGGCUUUGAGCCUCAAACUCGCGCUCGAUCUAACACGUGGCCGCUACCAAGGCCCGAAAAUUAUAUAGAACCAGAAGACUCUGGCUCCAAGAAGAACUCAAAUCAAAACCUUUCUGGUGCCCCGCCUAUGCCUUUGGUGGCGAAGAAAAACUCAUCCAGGCGUAACGCCUGGGGCAAUCUUUCCUAUGCUGAUCUCAUUACUCAAGCUAUAACCUCCUCUCAAGAUAAUAGACUAACUCUGUCCCAAAUUUACGAGUGGAUGGUCCAGAACGUGCCAUAUUUUAAGGAUAAAGGGGACAGUAAUUCCUCUGCUGGAUGGAAGAAUUCAAUCCGGCACAACCUGUCUCUUCACAACCGGUUUAUGAGAGUCCAGAAUGAGGGGACUGGCAAGUCCUCGUGGUGGAUGAUUAACCCGGACGCGAAGCCGGGCAAGUCAGUGAGACGCCGAGCUUCAUCCAUGGAGACGUCCAAGUCUGAAAAACGAAGAGGCCGUAUUAAAAAGAAGCCUGAAGCCUUAAGAAAUGGAAUAACAGCUGACACUACUCCAAGCCCCAGUAGUUCAAUAUCCGAAAGUCUCGAUAUGUUUCCCGAUUCUCCAAUACACAGCAGCAUUUUACAGUUAUCUCCGGACUUCCGUCAGAGGACUUCAUCCAACGCUUCGUCGUGCGGUCGACUGUCACCGAUCCAGUCCCUAAUGCCCUCGCAACCGGAUUGGGCCUCCGAUUAUACCCCUGCAGGGGAUUAUACUCCGAGCAAUGACUAUUGCCAAACCGAAUACCCUAAUACUCAAGACGACGUGUUAGCUGGAACACUUGCAGACUCAAUGAAGCUACAUGGAGCAGAUCCAUACUUAAAUACGUACGUUCCAACUACAUCGUCAUCUACAGCGACUGGGAAUUACCGUUAUUCGUAUGGGUCGUGUCCUCGACAUCCGCAUGGUGGGUGCAACUGCCCGUCACUGUUUCCCGCGCACCCGGCGCACCCAGCUCACCCAGCGCACCCACACCAGCACGCACUUAAUCAUUUCGUUCGACCACCACCGCCUGCAGACCCUGCUGAUAUUAUGCAAACCGAAAGCAGCCAAAUGGAAAUGGUGGCGACAUCAGAUGCUGGGUUACUGAACGGGGGCUUAAUGGUGCAAACUGGGGCUAUGGUGCCCACUACGGUGAUGGGCCAAAUUAUGGGUGCUCUAAACCCGGGACUCGCAGAAGACUUGAACUUGAAUAUAGAAACAUUGGAACACGGUUUUGAUUGUAAUGUGGAUGACGUAAUCAACCACGAACUCAGCAUGGGCGGCGCUUUGGACUUCAAUUUCCAACAACAGAACACCUCGAUGGCGGCAGAAGCAGAGAACCAGUUCGUGGCCCCAGCCCCACCUGUCCCCACCACUCUCUCUGGUGGUGGGACUCCACACACACCUUACUCCGCAGCCCCCUCUUGGGUCCACUGAACCGUAGUUUACAAUCAACUACUUACGUGCGCGUUUAAACAUUAGCCGUCAUAAUUCAGUGUUUAUUUUAUGUUAUAUAAAUAAUUUAAAUAUGACGCAAACAGAAUCUGUUCAAGUUACUUGCUGUACUUUGACUACCACUGCAGAUGUUAUUUUUCUUUACGAUGUUAAUAUUAAAAUUGUAUUUAGUGUUAGUGCUAAGCGGAACGUUACCGAUCGUUGUUAAAGUGUCAAUUGUGUUAGUGUAGGCUUUAGUAUUAAGCUAGGUGGAAGCUUGUGAUAUUCAAGUAGUUUAUUUAUCAGUUCUAAGGACCGAGAGGGGGCAUGAGGAUGGAGUUUUUGAAUGGCUAGAAAAGAUCUUCGGCAUCCCACUCCCACAUGUUUCGCUCAGACACCGGAGCAUCCCCAGGAAAUGUUGACUUCAUCAUCAUCAAUCAUCGCGCUGAGCAGACUUGUUAGUGAUUGCAGUAGAUGGUAGUAGAAUCAUUGAGGUCGCUGCUCCCCAUAAUCCAUAUAGAGAAGAUAUAUCUUCGCUGAAGAUUUGGAAUUAUAUUGAACCAUUCGUUGUUGAAAAGCGGAUUCAAUUCUCUCAACACGAGAAUGUCCGUUGGACCGCAGUGUGCGAAUCAACACUGCAAAUAAAGAGACUGCUUCUUAAAAAGUUUUAUUUAUGGAAAAAAUUAAGUGCGAUGUUGAGAUUUUGAGAUUUUUGGAAAAAAACAUUCAAAUAUUUGGUAACCUCGCAUAUUAUGUUUUUAAGAAAGCGUUUAGAUAAAAAUAUCAAAGCAGUGCUAAAUGGACUUUGUUUCUAGCUUUUCAUGAAUCAGCAAAAUAUAUAUUAAGCAAUUAUGUAUACCUACACAGAUUUAAAAUUAAUGAGUGCAGUAUACUUAGACUGAUUUUAUUCCCAAUGUUGGAAUGAUUGUCGUAAGAUAUAGGUACCUAACUAAACCAAGGAGUCAAAGGCUCUGUACCUAUAAUUGCCAUUAUUAUUUUAUAUAACUAUUAACUAAAAAUCAGUGUACUUCAAUGCCUCUUAAACGAUUUCGUGCGGGCCAAUGUUAUUUAUAUUAAAGUAAAUCGUUUAUAAUUAGAGUAAAAUAUUUGUAUAAAUGUCAUCAAGUACAACUUGCGUAAUUAUGUAAAACGAGAAGUUUUAGUUUUAAAAUUAUUUUACCCUCAUUUUGUUAAGUAAAUAAAUAGUAGGCCAACAUUUAUUUAUAUAAGAAAACUGUUACUCAUACAAUUUCUUAUAAUGCAGCGACUCAAUAGUAGAGACUCAAUGUAAUAGUUGUAUCCGUGUAAUUAAAAUAUAAUGCCAGUAGGUAAUUUAAUUAAUUAAAAUUACACAUUGCUCAAUAAAUCCUGCAAGUUUAAGCUGUAUCUUUUGAAACGCGGCAACUUGCAGUCGUUAAAUACUUAAAUUGGUCGACAUCUGUCAUCUUAUUCUGUUAUCUUGAAAAGCUGGGCGCGUUUAGUGUAAAAGAUGGCUUCUUUUAUUCUAUUCCAUUACAAGUUAGCCCGUGACUGCAAUCUAACGUGGUAAGUAAAGAUGCAGUCUAAGAUGGUAGCCAGCUUACCUGUUGGGGAGUAUCAUUAAACCCAUACCCCUUAUCGGUAUCUACGCGGCAUCGCGCCCGAUCGCUUAAUCGCAUAGCGGCACGUUUUCGUCGGUAGGGUGGUAACUAGCCACGACCGAAGCCUCCCCCAGACCAGACCAGAGAAAACUCAGAAAUUAUUAAUUCCCAAAUUGCCCCUGCCUGGAAUGGAACCCAGAACUUCCAACUUGAAAUCAUAGCGCUCACCGCAGCGCCAGGUAGAUCGUGCGAUUGCUUAAAAGCAAUUUCACAAUCUUAGGUACAGCAUUAAACCGGCUUGUUGUCAGGUAUACUAGGUAUGUACAAUUAAUUGCCAAGCCGUGAUUUUUAAAGUCGUAAAUUAUUGCAGUGCACUCCCUAUUCCCGAAAAAUUAUAUAAAACUUGUGCAUGCCUUGUAUUACCUACACAAGGAAUGCGCUUGUUUGGUACGUCAUUCCCACUUAGAAAUCAAAUAAUCGAUUUUAUUUGAAUUGAUUGUUAUUUUUUAGAUGAACCAAAAUCGGCACCAUCAUUUUGAAAUCUAUAGAACAAUCUUAUGGAGCAUAAGCAAAAUCCUUUAUAGUCAGAUGUCUAGUCCCAGAUGUUAAAUAUUUCGAAUAAGCUACUUCGUCAACUAAGAACAGUAGGUAGUUACUAAUAGUUAAAUGCGAAGGCUAACCAUAAAACUACUCGGACAAAGCGAGCUAACUUGUAAAUUAUGUCAGUAAAUAGUACCCCUACUACGAUUUUAUACAUCUCUAAAACCUAAUUUUUUUAUAUAAUAAAGUCAGAAUAUGAACAAUACCUUCUUAUUUUAAAAUUCGUAAACUCUGAUUCCUACCUGUUUUAUACGGGACGGUCUGCUAGCGCCUAACGUAUUCAACUUAUACUAAGUUAAUUUUUUAACAAAAUUAAGGUACCUACCUAUUAUGCAAUGAUCACGACAUCGAACUCCAUAAAAACCUCGUAAUAGGCGUACUGUUUGUGAUAUAUUUAUCCAUUAAGUGUUCAAUUUAGUGAAUAAGUCAAUUCUUGUAAUAUUUGACGUCCAUAUACCUACGAACUUUAAGAAAACAUUAAUUGAUUUUGCGUCGUAACUCCAUUGUUGCGUAUCUUAAAUUUUAUAUUUUAUAUCUCACAAAAGCACAAAUUCUCUAUAAUAUUGCAAUCGUAAAGCACGUGGAAUUCGACACACUAGAACUGACAAAAUCUCACAAAUAACUGUUGAAGAGUGUGAUACGAUUGCAUGUUUUGGAGGGUUAGGGCAUAGAUCCGCAUAUGUAAACCAUAUUUUACAUUCUAAUAUUACUCACAUAUUAUAUAUGCAGCUGAUAUUGGUGCUAUAAUAAGAUAAUGUACUCCGAAACCAUUCUAAAAAGCGUGCUUUUAAGUCAUUAUGUUAACUAAAAUUCGUAAAACUUACUUGCUAUUAAAUUACGAAGUGGCAUUGCGGUGUGCUGUAACCAUUUUUAAAUGCUAUCUAUAUAUAUAAAUAUAGAUAAAUAAAUUAGAAAAAAUAUUGGGACAUCGUGUGCAUGAUAUAAUAUUGUUUUUAUUUUUAUAUAAAAUAUUAUAGUCUAUACAGAUGAACUGCUUUUAUAUUGCGGCUGCGUAGUAAGCAGCUCGCAUGCAGUCGGUCUGUAAAGACACCUCAAAGUAGGUAGUAAAUCCAUAGCUUUUUAUAUUUUUUUCUUAGCUGACUUAAAGUCACCUUCGUCGUAAUUUUGUUUUCUUAAAUUUUUAUAUUCGUAAUAACCAUUGCCAAAAGAAACGUGUAAUUAUGUAACCUACUCGUUGGUUUAUGUAUAUAAUUAAUUUGUAUCUAAUAUUGUUUAAUGGUAAAAUAAAAGUUAAUGGUCGUGUUGAAAUAAUUGUACCUGUAGUCUGUACACAAGUUGAUCUGGUAAUGGAUCAGAACUAUGACUUGGUACCCUAGAUCUACGUAUUAUAACAAAGACAAUGUUGAUAAACAGAUUUGAAGUUAUAUGCGCGCGGGGCGUUUUCUCUGUUUUUGGAUAUAAUGCACUGCAUGCAGUAAUGGCCGAAUCAGGUUUUUUUAUGUUCUUAAUUCUGCAGAAGUCUCCUUGAUACCCACAAGCAUCGGCAAGUUAAAAAAGUGGCAUCAGUUAAACCCUUGCGUUGCUUU